GCGACUCCGGUUUGGGCAUCAUGUCUGACAAGCGGCCAUCAGCGGAAGCCCAAGCCCGGCGGCUUCCCGACUCCUUCACGGCUCCUGGAAAGACAGCAGAGCCUUCUGUGGUUGAUAAGAAAAGCGAUCCAUUCCUCGGCCUGUUCAGCCCCUCUGUCCCCCACAGAAAGGAAAAACAAACUAAAAACGAGGACGACAUCGGACACAGAGAGUGGGAAACACAGCUUAGGAAGGGAAGGGAGUUUCCCAGGAUGACAGUGAAAGGCGAUCAGAGGGACGGUUGCUGCGCCAGGAACAUGAAUAGGUCCAGACACGGCUCCAGGACUCUUCUUUGGAAGAUAGACCCAGUGCAGGCCUGGGACCUUGUGGAUGGAUUUUGGUGGCUGUAUCAUUCUUGUUCACAGUUUUAACUUUCCCGUUGUCAGUAUGGAUGUGCAUAAAGAUCAUAAAAGAAUAUGAAAGAGCCAUCAUCUUUAGACUGGGUCGCAUCUUACAAGGAGGCGCCAAAGGACCUGGUUUGUUUUUUAUUCUGCCGUGCACUGACAGCUUCAUCAAAGUGGACAUGAGAACUAUUUCAUUUGAUAUUCCUCCUCAGGAGAUCCUCACUAAGGAUUCAGUGACAAUUAGUGUGGACGGCGUGGUCUACUACCGCGUUCAGAACGCUACCCUGGCUGUGGCGAACAUCACCAACGCUGACUCAGCAACCCGUCUUUUGGCACAAACGACUCUGAGGAACGUCCUGGGCACCAAGAACCUUUCCCAGAUCCUCUCCGACAGGGAAGAAAUUGCACACAACAUGCAGACUACUCUGGAUGAUGCCACUGAUGACUGGGGAAUAAAGGUGGAACGUGUGGAAAUUAAGGAUGUGAAGCUCCCUGUGCAGCUCCAGAGAGCCAUGGCGGCCGAAGCAGAGGCAUCCCGGGAGGCCCGAGCCAAGGUCAUUGCAGCUGAGGGAGAAAUGAAUGCAUCCAGGGCUCUGAAAGAAGCCUCCAUGGUUAUCACCGAAUCUCCUGCUGCCCUUCAGCUCCGGUACCUUCAGACACUGACCACCAUUGCUGCUGAGAAAAACUCAACAAUUGUCUUCCCCCUGCCCAUAGAUAUGCUGCAAGGCAUCAUGGGGGCAAAACAGUGAGCCAUGCAGGCCGAUGCAGAGAUGAGCCCUUCCCUCCUAAGGAUGAAGUGGGGACCAAACCAGCCUCUAACCCAUAAGGAGGGAAUAGGGCGGGAACCUUGACUUUCCUCCCUCCCUUCCUUUUUCCGUAUGUUGAGUGUGAUGUUCUUAGAACGUGUAGUGCUCCUAGCCACAGAUGAAGGUUGUUAGCUUGUAAAUACUAUGUGAGAGUGAUGAUUUAUGUAAGAUAAUCUCUCACUCUAAAAUACUUAAAAGUUCGUAUUUUUAGAUUGUUAUGCGAUAGGUUAAAUCCAUCUUCUUUCGAAUCUCAUUGAGUCAUUCUGUGCCCUCUAUCAGCAGCCAGGCCAAAAGUAGGAAGGCAGACAGACUAUCAUCCCGACCUGACACCCUGGCUGGACAAAUGUUUUGCGGAGAACAGUGACCUCGGGCUACAACCAGCUUCUCUGGGCCACAUGUGCCUUACCUCCGGGGAAUCUCAGCUAAGGCAAUUUUCCUAACAUCAGUUUACCUUCUAAACUCAAAUUGCCCCACCCACACCCCCGAUGCUGCAAAGUAAUCCUUACUUGAGAGUAGACAUGUCCUUGCCAGUACCUGUUAGCACUGGAGAAAAAGGUGAAGAUCAAGGAAAAUGAUUACCCUAACUCUUGAAAGACUUCUAAAUCCAUUGCUAUAGAGGUCCUUUUAAAAUAACGUGGGUGGUGUUUUUUUUUUUUAACUUCCUUGAGCCCCUUUAUGAGUAAAUGAUUCCUCUGUGGUCUUUCAAACCAGCUAAAUACUUGUCACAAAAGUGCUUUUUUUCUCACUUUUGCCUAUUUUCAUAUAUCAGGUUCUAAAUAGUUUUGAUUUUUUAAAAUAAAAUUUUCUGUAAGUUCUAUAAACCAUUGUUUAUAUACCCAUUUGAAUAGCUUAAGGGACUAAUACUUAAAAAAAAUAUCUUCAGAAAACCAUUAUAUUUUACUGUCUGCAUGCUAUCGACUCGUGUACACUGUGAGCUAUCUUGGUUACCAUUCAUGAAGUAGUAGAAGGAAUUCAUAGUCUCGGGCACACAAUAUCCAAGGAGCUUGGGAAGAUGCUCUCAAACUUAUCAUAUCUAUAUAGGUAUAGAUCCUUAUCAUUUCCCUGGUGAUUUUUUUUUUUCUGUCGUAUAUGGUGAUGCUGAAGGAGGAAGUGGUCAGCCCUUCUGAACCACCACUGCCGUAAUACUAAGAAGCAUCUUCCGUUUCACAAAUGCCUGUGAAGCCAAGCAACCUGGCAUUCUUCUGUUGGUCUGGAAAGCCACCUGGUGACAUUUGUACCACUUCCUCUUUGAAGCUCUGAGUUCACCUAGAAAAGUCUUAAGAAUAGCAGCUUCCUUACCCAAAGCUGCCCUUCAUAUCUGUCCUUAGCUGGGUCACUCUGUCACAUCCCCACCUAUGAGAGUCUCCUCCCCGACAGCCCAUUUCUAAGGUUGUUUUACAAAACCUUGAACCACCGUGGAUCCAGGUGCCUGGUUGAGUUCAUUAGAUAUACAAUAUACAGAGCAUUUUGGCUUGGAACUCAAGCUGCAUUUAUAUUUUGAAUUUUUAAAUAAUGAUUUUGUCUCUUUUGUGAGGUGGCUCACCCUCGACCACUGAGGACCAGGAGACAACCACAUAUCCUGGCUGAAAAUCUCUCGUCAGACUUAGAGGUUCAGUGCUUUCUGUUCCUUCAGUCUAUCUCCAGACACCAAACAACCUUCGCUCUUCUGCCUUGUGGAUUCAUAGUCCAAAAGGUUGGAAUUAAAUUGCCUGGGAGGGAGGAGGCGUAGAAGGAGCUCUAGGAUGACAGUGUUAGUACGAGAGUUUUCUCCAGGUGGCCUCUCUUUCCAAUGCUGUACAUAAUAAAGUGUGCACUUUUACUAAUUUUCUUUGGGUGAGUCUGUUUCUGCCUGCAUUUAGUGUAUGUGGAUUUCGUUUUUCAGAAGUGGCACAUCAGUUCCUCCAGUCCUGGACUAGCCGCUUUGGCUUCUGUGUGCUUUUCCUGGGCCAGAGGAGGAGGAGAGGCUGUGGCCCAUCUGCCAUCUCUCAUGUCUUGGCUCCCUCUGGUGCACCUGCCUGCAGUUUCCCUGGGGAGUUUGAGAUCGAUGAAUCCUUGGCUGGGCUCAUUUCCCUUUGCCUUAAUCCAAACAGGACAGGACCUCACUUCUUGCUGUCACCCAGCUAAUCACACUGGCAUACCCCCUACUUAAAAAGAGAAAUAAAUGAUAUAAAACUAAUGGGUGUUACCUGCCACAUUCAACCUUCAAAGAACCAUCUUGAAUUAAUGGCUACCGCUUGUGGAGCACUAAGGUACCUGGCCCUGUGCUCAAAUACUUAUACAUACAUUGUAUCAUUUUAUCUUCAAAACAACUUGAUGAGGGACUUCCCUGGCGGUCCAGUGAUUA